AUGAGAGUCCUCCUCUACUCCACGGCCAUCUACCCGAAGGUUGACGGCGUUGCCAACCGCGUCAAGCACCACAUUCGCGCGCUGGUGGCCCUCGGUCAUCAAGUCCUGGUCCUCUGCCCGUACGACUCGGCCCCCUCGCUGUACGAGGGUGCGCAGGUCCUCCGCCUGCCGGCCUUCGUGCCGCUGGACUACGAUGAGUCCCAGCUGUCGUACCCCUUCCCGCUGAUGACUCUGAACCGGGUGUUCCGCGAGUUCCGCCCUGAUAUCAUCCACUUCAUCGGGCCGGAGUUUGUCCUGAUCCCCUUCCUGCUGCUUUCGCGCUACUACAAGGUCCCGAUUCUGGUGUCCUACCACUUCUACGUCCGGGCCUUCCUCAACAGCAUGCCCUUCCCCAUGCGCAUGCUCUUCACGUGGAUGACCUGGAUGGAGAUGGCCUGCAACUUCGCCGACCUGGUCAUCUGCCCCUCCAAGCCUAUGAUGAACAUCCUGCGCGACAUCGGCAUGCGCUGCGAGGACAUCUGGCCCCCGGCCGUGGACAUCCAGCAGUUCAGCCCGUCCUACUAUGACCAUGACCUGCGCUCGAAGGUGCGUGCCUCGCCGAGGGCGCGCCGUCCACGAUGCUGCUCCUCCCCAGUCAGUGGUAGGGACUAA